CCGUAUGCACGUGGGCCUCUUAAAUCAGAUGUAUCCUGGCUUCUUGUCACCUUUGCGUGACGUCCCAGGUGUGAGCACGGUGCACACUGAUAGCUGAGUUCCUCAAUUGAAAUCCUGCUAGAUUUUCUAAAUUCAACUCUUAAAAUUGUUUAGACCUAUUGAUACAACUUGACAACAACAUGCUGGGUAUGUUUGUGUUUAUAAUUGGGUUGCAAUUCUAUGGACUUGAAUUCGCUGCAAACGUCGCUGAAGAGGGGAGAGUGGAGUUGAAGAAGUUUCAAAAGCUUGCUGCCCAACGCUACGGCGAAUGUUGGUCCCUUGCUUUACAGAACAUCAAUGCACGCUGUCAAGAAUUCACUGCGGAUACGCAAAGCAGGAUUGCUCUGCGCUUUACUCACUGCCACCUGCAGAGUUCCAACCGGCUUUUCCCAGAGUGUCCAGAGGGCAGUGAAGUCAGCUUCUGCACCAGAGAUAUGGAUCCAGUGGCUUUCAAUGCCUACACAGAGUUCUUCACUCAUGCCCACAGCAUUUGCCAUUACCUGCAGAGUGAGAGCUGGCAGCACCAGGCAGAAAACACCAUACACAGGUUAACCGAGAGCUCCGCAGGAGUGGUGGAGAAGCUGACUUCCACACAGAGGAUGGCAGAAGAUCUGGUGGAGGCUCAGAGUGCUGCCCUAAAGUCCCAGGAGACCAUCCUUCGCAAUGGAGAGGAGCUCAAACACACCCUGCAUCAUUCCACUCAAGGUCUGAGGGAGGUGUUUGCUGAGAUGAAGUUGACAGCCCAUGAGCAGCAAGUGGCCUUCUCAGAGAUAUUCAACCGCGUCACCUUCUUGCAGAGCUUCAUCCUGUCUGAGUCCCACACCCUAGGCUGUGUCCUCUACAACUCCCUGGCCUUCUGCACUGCCUUCCUCCUCACUUCCACACGGCGCACCUCCAGUGCCAGGCUGGUUCUCUUCGGUCUGGUGGGUCUGAACGUGUACCUAGAGAGGAUUAUCUGCAGGGCGGUGCUCGAUGACUCCAACUCUGGAUACCAGCAGAUGGAGCAGGUCAGCUUCUUGGUGGGAAUUCUGAGGAGGGUGAUGGUUCUGGUGGGACUUCUUGUCCUGGUCUUCUGUGUUGUUCGGUUCAGAGACGUGACCAAGGAGAGUCUGGAAAUCCUGACUCAGCUCAGAGAGACCCAGUCCAGCCUGAAGCUGGCUUUGCAGCAGGCUGAGAGUCUCUCACAGUCAUUGGAGACACAAAAAGGUGAAGAGAAUAGUCAGACAUGUGAACGUCAGAGGAGGAGGGAGAGAGAAAAGGAGGACUGCAGCUUGGUCCCUUGGUCCUCUACUGUGAUAUCAGACUCUACAGCAGUACAGAACCUUCACACAUCUAAGCGCUCAAAUGGAGAAUGGCUAUAUGACAGCCUGUCUAGCAGCUCUGGUGCUGCUGCAGUGGAGACUAGCCAAGCUCCAGCUAGUCCUGCGAGACGCCAGCGGCGCUCCUCAACCUCCAGCCGGCUUCCUUCCUCCCCGGUGGUCUACAGCAUCUUGGUGGAGGGCAAGCCUCGCUACAAUCUGAGGAACCGCAGGUCAUCUGUGCUGGGGCCUGAUGUAGACAGAAACCUCAACUCGAGAAGGGAACACCAGCAGUAUAAGGACUGAUCUAUAAUUUGUAUGGCGUACACAGAUUACCAACAGAUUAGGA